CCCAGACGGUGGUGUGUUCACUGGCCUUACAGACACUACAGGGUUUGGAGAAGUUCUGCCAGUUGUUACGUUGGCAGUUUGACUGUAAAGAUGCUUCCUGCGGCGCUCACCAUGUUGCUGACUUUAUUGAGCCUCACUGAGAGCAAACAGAAAGACUUUUACACUUUUAAAGUGGUGAACAGCAGGGGGAAGUUGGUCUCCCUGGAGAAAUACCGGGGUUCGGUAUCCUUGGUGGUAAAUGUAGCCAGUGAAUGCGGCUUUACUGAGGAACACUACAAAGACCUGCAGCAGCUCCAGCGGGACUUUGGCCCAUAUCACUUCAACGUUCUGGCCUUCCCCUGCAACCAGUUUGGGCAGCAGGAGCCCGGCAGCGACAAGGAGAUUGACAGCUUUGUACGAAGAGUCUACGGAGUCUCCUUCCCUUUGUUCAGCAAAAUUGCUGUCAUAGGAACAGGGGCCAACAAUGUCUACAAGUACCUUAUUGAGUCAUCUGGUAAGGAGCCUGAUUGGAAUUUCUGGAAGUAUCUAAUUGAUGUAAACGGUAAAGUGGUGGAUGCUUGGGGACCAACAGUCUCUGUUAAAGAAAUCCGACCAAAAAUAGCUGAAAUGGUGCGACAGAUCAUCUUGAAGAAGAAAGAAGAGCUGUAACCCCUUGUCUAAAAAUCAUUUGCUCCUUACUGUUUUGUAGUUUUCAUACUUUACCCAAAUGGAUAAACUGAACAUAUUUAUGUUUGUAGAAUUUGACUUUGUUAGAAAAGCUGUUCAGUUCACAUAAUGAAAGCACAUUCUUUUGCUUUCUGAAAGCACUGAUGAUGUACCACUAUGAUUUUACAUUUAAUGUCAGGUUUUGUGUCAUUUGUAUGACAUUUGAAGCUACAUUUAAAUCCUGUUUUCAAAUGUUUCAGUCAUGUGCAUUAUGUGUGUGGGUUUUUUAAUUCAGUCUGUUAUGUGGAAUAAACUUGACACCUUGACUGUUAUAGCUAAUAGAUAUUUUCAGAACUAAAAUACUUUUUGUGCUCACCUUCUUGAGAAGUCCUCAUUCUUUGAUGUGUUAAGUCACCCCUUACUGCUCCUUGAAGUAAACUCUUUGAAAUCCCA